UCUAUAGAUCUGCUCUACAUUGCAGUAGCAGAGAAUACGUCUCAUCUUUUGAGGAAAAAUACUUCUACACACAUCAACAAAUUUCACUUCAUAGUCUUAUCCUUCAGUCUCACUGUGACCUUGUGUGAAACUGAUCUGUUGUCAGUUUGUCUCGUUUUCCAGAGAUGUUGGAUGAUGCAGAGAGGAGCUCACACCUCAGGACUCCUGUGUGGAGAUGUUGGAGUCACACUUACCAACCCCAACACACACACACACACACACACACACACACACACACACACACACACGCACGCACACACACACACACACUGCAAGAAAGAAACUGCAUUCAGAAAUUAGAGAAAUUAUUCUUCCUGAAGAAACUGUUUUUCAAAGUUAAAUCAGGUACAUUUACAUUUCUUUUAUUUGGGCUAUUUUCAGUCUUAAUUCUGUGAGAUGUCAUUUGGAAAGCCAGUGACAGGAAAAUAUUUCACAAUUAGGGGCAUUUUGUUGUUCGCACAGGGAAAACACACAACACAGCACACACAGAAAUGAUUUUCUCUGACCUGUUGCUUUGUGACAGAUAUGCAAGUUUCAGAUAAAUAGCAUACAGUAGUUGACUAAUUUACAGAACUUGAGAGACCUCUAGUGGUCAAUAGUGACAAAACUGCACUGUUAAAUACUAACACAUAAAACUACUAAUAUUUAAAAUACUAAUGUCAAAUUACUUCACAAUCUAGCUAAUGAUCGAAAUGUUAUGUAGGACUGUUAUUAUCCGUGUAACUUGUGUCAAGUUAAAUGUUCCAUGCAUUGCUGAUUAUUCUUUAUUAUUUAUUGCAUUUAGGAUAUCUCUUCUAAGUUCCCUUCACCUCAUCAAAUGCUAUUAGUAAAAUGAAAACACUGUACAAGUAAAAACUAACAAGUUGCUUGAGAAUUAUCACAUAGAGAAGUUCCACACCAUCAAUUUGGUUUACAAACUCAUUCACUCUUGUUGAGCUUUGUACAAAUCUGCUCCCACCCUUUUUUGUCUUUUAUGUCUUGUGUCCAAGUACCAAGAUUAAUCUGUUGUCAUCCCGGCUACAUCUGAAAGUGGAGUAUACUGCCACCACCUGAAAGGAUGUAGGAGGUUUGUUAGAAGGCAUCUCUAGUUCCCUCCUCUGGCAGCCAAACGGACUUUAUGCAAUAACUGACCAGCCUGCCAGUUUCUGCUCAGCAUCCAUAUUUGCAUCCCAGGGAGUGGCAACCACUAAUCCCCCUUUUCCUGGCAAGAAAGCUGAAAGUUGGCCGGUUGUCGGACACCUCUCAGACGCUCUAAUAUCACAUAGAAAGCUAAACAUGGAGAGCGACAGCCACCACUCCCACAUCUAGUGCUGGUCCACAAGCCUUCAUCACCCAGGGAGGAGCUCUCAGAUCCUGGCCGUGUCCCUGCUACUGUAGAAUGAAUAUGCUCAAGUCCAGUGGACUGAAAAUCCCUGGCCGGGGGCCCAAGCAUUCCAGCCCAGUGGGAAGGACCUCAGCGGGUGGAACUUCUAGCCCCGUUGUCCCGAAAGACAAUUGUCCACUCAAGCCCACCACACCAACUAAAAUCUCUGAAGAGGGCGAUGAUGUUUUGGGAGAUUACACAGUGGGUGAACAGGUCUGGGUCAAUGGGGUCAAACUAGGAGUUAUCGCCUACCUAGGGGAGACCCAGUUUGCCCCUGGACAAUGGGCAGGCGUGAUACUGAAUGACCUAGUUGGCAAAAACGAUGGUUCAGUGGGUGGAGUGCGCUACUUUGAGUGCCAGCCCCUCCAGGGUAUCUUCACGCGACCCUCGAAGCUCACCCGACAGCCGGUUGGAGAGGGAAGUGACAGCCACUCCACUGACUCACUCUGUGCCCAGAAUCAGACUCAGCAGGGUGGCAGUGGCGCCCCUCCUGGCCAGCGGGUGGUAGUGCCACUCAGAGAGGGCCUCCUCAACAGCGCAGUGAAAACGGGCAACGAGUCGGGGUCCAACAUGUCUGACAGCGGUUCGGUUAAGAAAGGUGGGGAUAAGGAUCUUCGAGUUGGAGAUCGAGUUUUGGUGGGAGGCUCUAAGAUGGGAGUCAUACGCUACAUGGGCGAGACAGACUUCGCCAAGGGUGAAUGGUGUGGGGUCGAGCUGGAUGAGCCCCUGGGGAAGAACGACGGUGCAGUAGCUGGUACAAGAUACUUCCAGUGUCUUCCUAAGUUUGGUUUGUUUGCUCCGAUCCACAAGGUGAUCCGCAUCGGCUUCCCCUCCACCAGCCCGGCCAAAGCUAAGAAGAGCAAGCGGAUGGCCAUGGGGGUUUCCUCUCUGGCCCACAGCCCCAGCAGCUCCUCCAUCAGUUCAGUCAGCUCGGUGGCCUCCUCUGUGGGUGGACGACCGAGCCGAACUGGACUGCUGACCGAGACAUCGUCGCGCUACGCCCGUAAGAUCUCGGGCACCACCGCGCUCCAGGAAGCCCUGAAGGAGAAGCAGCAGCACAUCGAGCAGCUGCUGGCUGAGAGGGACAUGGAGCGGGCUGAGAUGGCUAAGGCCACCAGCCACAUCUGUGAGGUGGAGAAGGAGCUGAGCGUCUUGAAGUCACAGCACGUGCAGUAUGUAACGGAGAAUGAAAGCACCCUCCAGCAGGUUAAAGCCAUGUUGGCCAGCGCACAGAAAGAUAAACUGGAAUUGUCCAAUCAGCUUGAAGAAGAGAAAAGGAAGGUGGAGGACCUCCAAUUCAGAGUAGAGGAGGAAUGCAUCACCAAAGGAGACCUGGAGCAUCAGACGAAAUUGGAACACGCCCAUAUUCGUCAGCUUCAGCAGAACCUGCUCCUCGAAAAGUCGAGAGUAGAGUCGCUCCAGAAAGAAUUAGACAAGAGGAGGCAAACCACAGUUGAAGAGCAGAGUCGUAUCAUGCAGUUGGAGGAGGAGCUCCACCUCAGGAGAGCUGAGGUUGAGAACCUCCAGGCUCAACUCAGAGGAUCUGACCCAAGCUUGCCGCGAGUCAACAACAGCGAGGCUGCUCCCGGGUCCGAGACCCAGCCGGAGACCCUCCUCCUGCAUGAGCGGCUGGUGUCGGUGAGCCGCGAGCACUACAAGGAGAGCAGCGAGCUUAAAGAGAAGUACGAUACGGCAUUAGCAGCAAGCCAGCGGGAGAUAGAGUCGCUGAAGGCCAUGGUGGAAAGUAAGAACCAGGACAUCAGUGAGAUGAAGCAGAAAGUUCAACAGGCCACCAAGGAAAAUAUGGAAAUGAUGGACACCUGGAAGGAAAAAUAUGACACUUUAGUGAGCGACCACCAGCGUUCCUUGGAGGAACUGAAGGCCACACUGAGUAGUGAUCAUUCUACGCCAGCAGGCCAAGAGCAGGACGCCCAGGAGCUGAGAGCCACUCUGGAGGGCCUUAAGAUGGAGCACCAGCUGGAGAUGGAGAAUCUCAAGGCCAAACAUAAGAUUGAAGCUGCCAUUCUGACCAAGGAACGUGAAGACCUCUGCGCUCGUCUUCAGGAGGCCAAAGAUCAGCUGGCUGGGGGCAACCAGACAUGGAGGACUGAGGUAGAGGCCAAAAGCAGCAAGCAUGCCCUGGAGGAGGCUACUGAGAAACAACAGAAGGCGGAGCAGAGGCUGGCGGAGAUGGAGAAGUUACAAGUGGAGCAGGACAAAAGCACAGGGGAGCUGCGAGAGAGGCUGGAGCUGUCAGAGAAGAAGAUGAUGGACUACCAGGCUCUGCAGAAGGCUCAGGCAGAGAGCCGAGAGGAGAUCCAGAAACUGGAGGAGAAGCUGAGGGUGACUGCGAACCAGCUCCAGGCCAUCCAGACAGACCGCUACACAUCCCAUGAUGCAAAUGUGAUAGAGGAUAAUGAAAUUUCAGAUGAGAAGAUGAAGCUAAAACAGAAUAUCGAAGAAACAAUGGAGAAGUUGAUGAAAAGGGAAAAGGAGGUCUCAACUCUCACUUCCCAGGUUGAAGCCCUCAAAUCCCAGAUUGGAGCACUGGAGGGAAAAGUUCGCUCAGGGGAAAAGAAAGUCGAAGCCCUGGCCAAGGAGAAGAUGUGUGUGGAGGCAGAGCUUGAGUCCAUGACAAAGAAGUCCCACGAUGCCUCUGGGCAGCUGGUCAACAUCAGCCAGGAGCUGCUGAGGAAAGAGAGGAGUCUGAAUGAACUGAGGGUGUUACUCCUGGGAGCACAUCGCCAUUCACGGGACAUGGAGAAGGACCUGCACAAGGCCGAGUGGAAAGUCAAGGAGCAGAAACUUCAGGAUGACAUCAAGACCCUGCGUGAAAAAUUGCUUCUAUUGGGUCAGGAACGGUCUUCACCUGAUCACAGGCGGUACUCCAUGCUGGACCCCUCGGCCGUGGACUCUGAGGUGAGCCGCCUCCGUCAGCGGCUGCUGAGCACUGAGGACGCCCUGAGGAACGCCUUGGAACACAACCAGCAAGUCGACCAGCUGGUCCAGGCCAUGCGCAGGCAUCCAGAUAAAAGCCCGGUGCAUGGUGCAAAUUCAGCCAAUGGAAUUCAUCAUCAGGAGUCAGACAGUCCUCGAGAUGUUGGAACAACACUGAUAUGAGCAGAAGAGAUGAGACUGAACUGGGUACAUCUUAAAGAAAAGCUCCUCCGACGUUUCUCCUGAUCCUGCGAUGGACGUCCGAAGAACAUUUCAGUUUACAGUUAAUACCAAAACAGCAAAUCUCUAUCUCGAGUGAAUUUAUGUGUUGUUGCAGAAAGCACCUAUUAGCCAAUCAUGAAGAAGUACUAUAAAAUAUAAACAGGAAACGGGACAUGGACAUGAGAUAUUAUCGGUACAACUCCUGAGUACAUUACAGUAUGGCAACUUUUGAUGCUUUACAGUAGUUAGAAAUUUUGAAUCUACAAGUUGCCUGGAACUCUGUGACAAUUCAGAAUUUCGAUCCGGAAGACAAAACGGCUGAUGGACAACGAUGAGAAGAAAGAAGUACUGGGUGUCGGUCACUUUGUUUGUUUUAUUUAUUACUUUUACUUCCUCAGCUUUGUAAUAAUCCUCUUGGGUGAGCCGUCUUGGCCAGUGAUAGUCAGAGCAUCUCUGCAAGGAUGACACCGAUUAUGUUUUAGUGGGUUUGGCUCAUUUGUCACCAUACUUAAUACCUGAUGAGAGAAUUGGUAGCAAAGUCAUUACAGUUACCUCUGUACAGUGUGCCUCCGGCUUUAGUGUACAAUAAGAUAUGUAAUUGUACGUGACCGUUAUUGGGACUCCACCCUUCUUGGCUGUGAUUAGGUUUAAUCCAUUUGUGUUAUAAUGGAUUCCAAUGGUGGCUGUUUUUUUUGUUGUAAAAAGGUUUAGAGUCCACAAAAACUCCCACAACAUAAUCCACUUCUUCGAUUUUCAUCAAUGUGCUGAGUCGCAAUUUUUAUUCACCAAGAUACACCAAAAAAAACACACUUUUGAGACUGUAAAAGACAGAUCUGAAGUGGUCCGAUUAGUUUUUUGUGUUUAUUGACUGAAAAUUGACGUCUUUAACAUUUAUGAAGUCAGUUUCAAAAAGUGUGCAAGACCCUGUGCUGUCUGGUUAACAUCAAGAGCAAGUUACAGUACUCUAUAAGUAUCCUGAAUACAUUUUAUACUCUCUGAAAUCCAUAUCAGGAAUAAAUUAGAACCUUUAAGUAAGCAAUCAAGCACAACAACACAAAGCAGAGUGUUCUAAGCAGCACGGCCUAGACCUGCUCUAAAUUAAAAGUGCCCUGAGAUAACUCCUGUUAUGAUUUGGUGCUAUAUAAAUAAAAUUAAAUUGGACCUCCCUGCCAUCCUUUGAGUGCAUUACCACACGUGUUAAACUGUUGAACUAGGUUUGAGGUGUUUGAACACAGCAAAUCGCACAAACAAUUAUUUCUGUGCCAGUGACAUAACAUGAAUCGCCCAUGAUGCCAUUAUGUGUUCUAAAUUAUCCACGAGGAGAGAGUUUUAUUUGUUACAGGCCUGACAGGGAUGAAUUCAACCAACCAAUUCUCUCUUCAGUUAUUGGGUAAGGAGAGUUUCCUAUAAAGUAGUCCUUUUUAGCCAUCGCACAUCAGGGGGCUCCCUGGCUUAAUGAGUUAAUGAACCUGGGAGGUUCUGCUGAAUUCAGCUCUAAGUUAUGUUACUGUAUGUUUAUAGACUGAAUAUAGUGAAUUAUUCCAGACUUUUGCGUUCUCUUAAACUCAGUCUGACCCUGUACCAAUACACCUCUUACCCUAUCAGUAAUGAUCAGCUAUUUCAUUUAAUCAGUAAUGAUCAGCUAUUUCAUUUACAGUGGACUAUGUAUCAGUACAGACUCUAUCCAUGCACUAGUAUUAAUUAAUUAUAUAUGGUACAUGAUCGCAGCCCUAUUUGAUGCUCAUUUGAGCCCAUUUUGAUGCUGUAUCAAAAUGUCCCUGGAUUACUUUGCUGACCUUUUGUUAAGUAGGGGCUACUGAAGGGUAGUCACAGCAGCUAAAACCCAAACAACGGAUGUAAGAUGUUACACUCAAUCUUCCCCAGGUUGACAACAUCUGGAUUUCAUUUGCAAAAAUGUGAUCAAUUUGAAUAGAAAUUAUACUUUAAGUCUUCCAAGUAUUGUUUUAUCCAUCUGUCAACUAAACAAGGAGAUCCUGUUUGUAGUUGGUCAUAGGUUGAUAUUGCUUUGCAGGAGACAUUACACAGAGGUGAGUGGUAUGGAAAGCUUGGAAGAUUGUCUCCUAAGCAAAAAACAUGCAGGGCAGGCGCUGGUCAGCUAAGAUAAAAUCAAAAUUUUCCAUUGGAUAUUGUAUAUGGCCUUUUCAGCUGGAGGGUUCAUACCCUUUGGAUUAUUGCUGCAAUGGUUUCAGAGAUUGAGUCAUUAAAUAUUAACAAUGUGGGCAAGGG